UUUUUUUUUUCCUUCUUCUCGAGUGCACUUGUAAAGCAAAAUCCAUCAGUUGCAACAAUAAUAAUAAAUGACAUCAAUAUCUACAGUAGACAACAAAUCUCAGCUGCCAUGGUACCGCCGACUAAACCAAAUGAAAGCGCUAUUACUAGCGACCAUGUCCAUGGCUCAGAUGCUUGAUAUCAUCAAUGUUGCUGGUGUUACAAUCACAUUACCAGAUAUCAUGCGAGAUGUCGGGUACAAAGUCGAUCAAUUACAGUGGGUUACCUCCGCGUAUGCGUUGGCAUAUGGAGCAUUCCUUUUGAUCGGUGGACGUCUCGGAGACCUAUUUGGUCAUCGCCGUAUUUAUAUCUUGGGAGUUGCUUGGUUCUCUAUCUGGGCACUCGUUAAUGGAUUUGCCAAGGAUCCAAUUGUGAUGUCUGUAGGACGCGCUUUACAAGGGAUGGGAGCAGGAUUUACAAUCCCAAGUGCUCUUGCGAUCUUAACCACAACAUAUCCUGUAGGACCUGAACGUACUCAAGCCCUCGCUGUCUUUGGGGGAACCGGUGCGAUUGGGUCCGUCAUUGGAGUUUUACUGGGAGGAAUCCUUGGUUCAACCAUCGGUUGGCGGUGGAUCUUUUUCUUCACGGCUAUUCUAGGCUCCAUUCUUGCAGCUCUUGGCUUUCUGGUCAUUCCCGCUGAGAAGGACAUAUCUACUAUUGAGGACCGCCGUGUCGAUAUAAUGGGUAUUUUAUCAUUCACAUUCGGUAUUGUGGCGGUAAUUUACUACUUGAGUGAAAGCCCUGCUAAGGGUUGGUCCUCAGCCUCGACGCUGCCACCUCUCUGUGUAGGGAUCGCGCUCCUGAUUGCCUUCGUAGUGCUCGAGUGGAAGAUCGACUAUCCAAUCAUGCCUUUACAUAUCUGGCGCUCCCAGCGCUUGGUAGCCUCGUGUUUGACGGUUAUGGCCUUGACAGCCUCGAUCAAUGCGCUGAUCUUUUUUUCAUCCUUGACAUUCCAAAAUGUGCAAGGUUAUUCUACCAUGAAAACGUCGUUGUGUUAUAUUGUUCAUGGAGUUGGUGCAAUCGUUACUAUCGUGAUCUUAACCAAACUAGUCACAUUUGUGAGGACAAAGAUCAUUAUGGUCGUUGGAUGGUUAGUCUUUAUUGCUUCUGGCAUUCUCUUUGCUCAGAUCAAGGCUGAUUCGAGUUAUUGGUCCAUCGCAUUCCCAGCUUUGAUCCUUAACUUCCUGGGCAUGGCACCUGUCUGGCUCUGCUGCCAGAUUAACUCUGUCGCUGAUGCCAAAAAUGAAGAUCAAGGGGUAGUCGGAGCAGUUUACAACGUUGCACUUCAAAUCGGUGUACCUUUGGGCGUUGCCAUCUCCAAUGUUAUUGCAAAUAGUCGAAAUGCACCUGAUGCUAGAGGCCUUCAGCUGUUACCGGGUUAUAAAGCUGCGUUCUACUCUUAUACCGUCAUGGGGGGAAUAGGCCUAAUCUUAACCAUCCUCUUGGCUGCCAAUAGUGAUCCUAUAAGAGCACUAGGGGGCAAUCUAACGGAAACUACUUCCGUGUCUGCUGAAGCCGAUGAGGAGCAGCUCAGACCUGAGGGUAGUGAGGUGAUUGAUCAUUCUAGAAACAAGGAUGUGGGAACGAGAGAUCAAAGCGAGACCUUUGAAGAGACCAAGAUCGGUAGUGGUGCAAAGAUUAAUGGUAAUAGUGGUCUUGCAUCAGCUGGUGCAACCACAAUUUUUCAGGGCUCAUCCGCCAGUUCCUUGAAUGAGAAAACGGGUUAAUCACCUUAAAGCAUGGAUGGACAGCAAGAAUGUGUCGACCCCAAAUUUAUCCAAAUCCUUGCUUAGCAACUAUCAACAAUCAAAUAUUUUCCAAAAUUACUUUUUUACAACUGUCAUUACCCAAGUGCACCGACUUCGCCUUGCCACAUUGUGGCUGUCCAUACUCUGUUACAUCGCGCUAUAUAACUAUCUAUAAUAUACAAUGCAUACCCUUUG